AUGCCAGCAGCUGCAAGUAUAUCGCCAUUUGCACCCAACCCUGUCAAAAGUAGAGAUGACCUUCAGGCCUUGCUAGUCGGACUCUUAGAUGCCCUUGCUCCUCAUACCUCUGCAGGCGGCGCGCUUAUUUGUCUUGGACAUACUGCAACCCACUAUGACGAAACCGCUGCACAGCUUGAAGGAUUUUCGCGUCCGAUAUGGGGACUAGCGUCUCAACUUGCUGGGGGUGGUAGAUACGUUGGCGCGAAGCGGUGGGUAAAUGGCUUCUCAAGUGGUUCAGAUCCAAAUCAUGGAGAAUUCUGGGGAGACAUGCGUGACAAGGACCAGCGCAUGGUAGAAUGCUCUGCCAUAGGAUUUUCGCUUGCAGUAGCAAAAGAGACACUGUGGGACCCUCUUUCUCAGGAAGCCAAGACUAAUCUGGAGAAUUGGCUCGGUGGGAUGAACAAUAAGCGAAUGCCCGACACAAAUUGGCUUUGGUUCAGAGUCUUUGCGAACCUUGGGCUUUCAAAGGUUGGCUCACGGCGUUUCGAUGCAGAGCGGAUGAAAGCAGACCUGGACCAUCUCGACACAUUCUAUGUUGGUGAUGGUUGGUCGCGCGAUGGGCCGGAGACUGUCUGCCAAUUCGACUAUUACUCGUCCUCUUUUGCCAUUCAAUAUGCUCAGUUAGUAUACUCGAAAUUAAUGCAGGAAGAAGAUCCAAAACGCUGCAAAGAAUACAAGCGACGUGCAAAGGAGUUCGCAAUCGACUUCAUUCGCUACUUUGAUUAUGAAGGUCGCGCCAUUCCUUUUGGGCGCAGUAUGACCUAUCGCUUUGCACAAUCCUCGUUUUGGGGUGCCCUUGCAUUCGCAGGUGUGGAACUACCAAGUCCUCUUACUUGGGGAGUCGUCAAGGGUCUUCAGCUCCGUAACAUUCGCUAUUGGGCGAAGCAACCUGGGGCUUUCAAUCCCGACGGGACUUUAACCAUCGGAUUUAAUUACCCGAAUCACAACAUAACCGAGAAUUACAACUCUCCAGGGUCUCCAUAUUGGUGCUGCAAAUCAUUCAUCACCUUGAGCCUUCCACCGUCACACCCUUUCUGGACUGCAGAAGAAGAACCGUACCCCGAAAGUCUGCGUGAGUCAGUGAAGCCGCUGCUUCGCCCGUUGCACAUCGCGACGAACCGUGGCGGACACACGUACAUACUCUCAUCUGGUCAACAAUGCAGCUAUUCCCUUAAGCAAAGCGCCGCAAAAUAUGGCAAGUUUGCAUAUUCGAGUGUUUUUGGGUAUAGUGUACCUGUAGGCAUUGGCACGCUUGCGGAAGCCGCACCAGAUUCUGCACUCGCUCUUUGCGAUGUUGAAACAGAUUCAGCAUUAGAGUUCUGGCGUCAACGUCGUGUCACACUUGAUGCACGGUUUGAGACGGGAAAAGACGGUUCGACAUGGCUACAUUCGGGCUGGCGACCAUGGCCUGAUGUUGACGUUGAAACGUGGCUUAUGCCUCCUAGCGAGGCAGCACCCUUGUGGCAUCUUCGCGUCCAUCGCGUACGUGCAGGUCGAAGACUACGCGCAGCAGAGGGUGCAUUUGCGAUAUACGGUCAAAGAUGUGAUGGACGAGCACUUGAUCCAGUGAGUGACGGUUCAGAAGAGUUUGGCGUUCAUCAAGCUGGUACUUCGGCGCGCGCUGCCUCCCGUGCUGGUGUUUCUGGGAUCCUUGCUCUUGAAAAUAGUGAACAGGUUCCUCGGAAAGGCGAAGUUCUGCGCCUUGAUGCAAACACCAACCUAAUCGAGGCGCGUACAGUGCUGCCAAUACUUAUUGCCGAUAUUCCUGGUGACGGAAGAGAUUUAUGGCUUAUUACUUCUGUGUUCGCUCUGCCAGCUGAAGAGGGACGGGAGGGCGCACGAGCUGGAUGGCUGGCAAAAUGGGAGAGUACCAAGCCGCAUAUCCCUGAAGAAAUUGCGGUUCUCAUUGGGUGAUUGAAUGAAAAACCACACACGCUUAAUGCAGAUUUAGCAUGCAGGAACUACAUCACAACGGUAUUGCAUGACAGAAAUGCGUCUAUGUGAAUCAACGAUAGUUCGAAUAUGUAUUGUGUAAGAAGCGACAUGUCAGAGCACACCAUGUCUUAGUGUUAGCCAUGAAAUACGGAAUAAAGAGGAAUGGCUUUUAUAAC